AGUCUCUCGGGAGGCUGGAUUAGCCACAAGUUGUGGUGAACCAGGGUAAAAUCGGUGUGCCUCUUUCUUUUCUCUUUACUUCUCGUUUAUUCAUUUUUAUUCCUGCGAUUUCUUGAUCAAACGCUAUUCACCUCCCCUCUAGCGUUGUUCUAUUAUUCUAACAAUUGGUAUCAGAGCCUAACUUGCGUCCAAACUUAACCGUUUGAGAGUAAAGCGAUCAUGGGCUCUUCUUCUAGAAAUCUCUAUGCAGGAAUUGGAGAAGGUCAAUCAACCUCUAGGCCACCACUUUUUGAUGGCACCAACUACUCUUAUUGGAAGGAACGGAUGAGAAUCUAUAUUCGUUCCACCAACUUCCAAUUGUGGUUGGUGAUCAAAAAUGGCGAAGAAAUCCCUAUGAAGAAAGUGGGAGAAACCACGGUCCCGAAGACCGAAAACGAAUUCGAUGCCGAGGAUAUCAAGAAGGUUGAAAACUAUGCAAAGGCCAUCAACAUGCUUUAUUGCGCGGUCAACCCCGAUGACUACCGAAAGAUCUCCUGCUGCACAACCUCCAAGGAGAUGUGGGACAAGCUUGAAGUGACGUACGAAGGUACCGAUCAAGAUCUUGUGAGGAAAAUCCUUCGGAGUCUCACACCCGAAUGGAGGUCAAAAGCCGAUGCAAUCUACGAAUCCAUCGGAGUCUCCAACGUCACCAUCGACGGGCUAAGAGGUAACCUUAAAACCUAUGAAUCUACUAUUCUAACCCCAUCUUUGGAUGAACAAAAGAAAAAGGGGAUAGCUCUCAAAGCCACCAAGGAACCGGUGGAAGAGGCUUCAAGCGAUGACGACAAUGAAUUCGGGCUCGUCAUCAAAAAGUUCCACAAGUUCAUGAAGAAGGAAUUUGAGCGGAAGGGAAGGAAGCACGACGGUCCUCCCAAGUGCUACGGCUGUGGCGAGAUUGGCCACAUCAAGCCAAGGUGUCCAAAGGCCAAACACGGCAAGGACAAGCCUGGCUUCAAGAAGCAAGGGGCCUACAUCUUUUGGGGUGGCGAUUCCGGUGACGAAUCAACCGACCAAGAGGAGGACGAAGCUGCAAAUCUCUGCCUCAUGGCACACGAAGAUCAAAGUGACGACGUCCAAGAGGACAAGAGCAGGGCCGCCACCUCCGGGAAAUCAAAGUCCAAAUCCCGGGCGCCUACGUCAUCCUCCGAGGAGCGCCUCUACUAUGGCGACGGGUCAUACCUUUGGUUUGAUUCCGAGGAGGAGCGCACCCAUUUCCUCACCUUCUUCUCUAAACGGGUUGUGGCUCCCCCACGAAUCAUCCCGGAGCGUUACCCGGAGUUGCAGGGCUACGACGACCUCGACGCGCAGCUUCAUCAAGCCGGCCUUUGGCCGUUCGUCUCCCGGGCGCGCAAGGAGAUCAACCCGGCGCUGAUUCGGGCCUUCUACUCCAACCUCCGGCGUGAGGACGACGGCCUUAUCCUCAACGAGCUUGGCAUCACCGAGCUCAAACGCCAUGCCUCAGGCCGCCCAACCAUCCACUCCGCCAACCCCGAAGGCCGCCUCAUCCUCUACAUCGUCUCCCGGAUCAUCAAACCCCGGAAGCACGGCCACACCAUCAUGCACGGUGAAGACCUCAAGCUUAUCCAUGCGAUCAUGCAUUCGGCCCCAAUCAAUUGGGCAAAGUUUGUCAUGAUCAACAUGACGAUUGCCGCGUCCACCGAGCACGACCACCUCCUCCCGUACCCGUUUUUGGUGAUGGACAUCCUUGAAUGGUUCAAGGCCACGAAGAUUUGGACAAUCAGCAACCAAACCUUCAUCAAGCGGUCGGACAACGCCGCGGCUGCCACUGCCCAGCCACGCCGCACUGCCACUGCCGCUGGCCCAGCCGAACCCCAGGCCCGGGCCAACCUUGCCUCCAUCGCUGACUCCCUCAACCGGCUCCACCUCAAAGUUGACGGGAUGAGAGGCUACCUUGAACGGCUCGACGUCGCUGUUCAACGCCAAGGGUACGCCAUGAACGCGUACUUCCAAGGCAUCCACUACGUCCCCCCACCGUUCCACGGCACGUUCCUUGGGCAAGUGUACGGUGACGAAGACGAAGCCGAUGACUCCUACGCCCCGUCAAGCUCCCCGGAUGAAGACAAGUUCGACGAUGCCAUCGAUGGGGAUGAGAUGGACGACGACGACGAGGAGGAGGAAACCGAAGACGAAGACUAGGACUCCCCUAGAAUUUCUAUCUCUUUUACCUUAAUUAUCUUGUUUUUUUUAAUGCUUCUGUUGUACUCCACUAUUUCCUUUAAUAAAUAAAAUCAUCUUUUUGAUAAUGUCAAAAGGGGGAAGAAAAGGGCUAUGCAUAU